CGCUUGUCUAGUCAUUUGAUUCAAAGUUAUAGGAUAAUGAGUUUGUUGGAAAACAUUUAAAAAGUGAAUGGAGAUAUCAUUCAUAAUCUUCCUGAAAACAAAUGAUAUUGAUAGUCAUGCAGAAUGGGAUGUUCUAAUACAAAAGUGGAAACUAAUUCUCCCGUUCGGAAAACAAAAGAUAAUAAACAUGGAAAUGUAAAUAAGUCUAUCAUAACGUUGCCCCUCUCUUUUCGCGUAACAUUGAGAGAACGAUUAAAAAUAAAAGAGUCAGAUGCGGAUAUAUGGAUAACAGACUGCAUCACAUUCAAAGACAAAUAUAUAUUCAUAAAUCGUAAUACCGGUUUAGUUAUCAGGGAGGCGGACAGAAAUAUCAGAAAUAUCACACUUUCCGGAAAUGCGAAUGGAUUGUCGGCCAUAGAUGAUGCAACUGUUGCUGUGACUUUUCCAAAUGGACAUUACAUUGAGAUUAUCUGUGUUGCAACAGGUGAAGUAAAAAAUAAAAUCGAAGUUGAUGGAAUGUGUUUCCAAGUAGCUUAUCGGAAUGGACUGCUGUAUGUCGGAUUUGAUGAAAAGAUUGAAGAAAUUGACCUUACAGGAAAGACAAUAAGGCGUGUUCCAAGUCCGACGGCAGAUAUUGGAUACAUAGCAGCCACAGACGAAAAAUUAUUUGUCACUGAUUUAGAGAAAAAUUUAUUAUAUUGUUGCGACUUUACGGGAUUGGUUUUGUGGGAGUUCGAAGAUAGAAAACUCGAAUGGCCCAUGGGUGUAACAACUGACAAUGAUGGCAAUGUAUACGUGGUUGGUAGCUCUUCUCAUAACGUCUUAGUUAUCUCUCCUGAUGGGAAGCAUCAUAGAGAACUUCUCAAUGAAUCCAAUGGACUGAAAGAUCCAAUCGGAAUACAUUACGACAAAACGAAUAAUCGUCUGUUAGUGUGUAAUAAAGAAAGCGGUGAUGCUUUCUUGCUUGAAAUUGAAAAUGUUUACUAGUAGGUCAUUAUGUAUUGAGGAAAAUUUGGAAGGGUGUAAAAUACUAUAUGUUAAAGAUAAGACCAUGUUACUGUUAGAGGAUUGACUGUGUAGAAAAUAAACGAAAACAAAUAAA